UCCAUUUAAAGCUUUACUCAUUUGCACCCUCACCGCCGCAACGACCUUCAACGACGGCGAGAAUGGCGUCCGCGGCGGCGUCCGCACUCACUCCUUUGAAUUCACCUCUUGCAUCAUCUAAAAGCCAACUGCAUCAACUCCGUAAUCCCUUUCUGAUAAAUGUCCCGAAGAAACACAUUUCAGUGUCCUGCGUUGCAAAAUUGCCAGGGAUGGAGCACUUCAACGACCCUUCUAAGCUCGUAGUCAUGUUGAGUAAUACACAGAAGAAAUUGUGGAACAUGAUGCCGGAUUCAGUUAAACAAUUUCCUUGGAAGAAAGCAGAGACUGUUGCGCUAGAAGAGUUUUUCGCCUUAGCGAAGGAGGCACUGAAGUGGUGUCUGCUUGCAUACUUUGCAUUUAGCUGCCUAUCUGAUAUCUCAUAUUCUAUCUCUAGAAACAAAGAAUUGGUUAUCCCAUUAGGUCUCUUUGUCGGAAUCAUGACAACCAAAUUGUUCGAUGAGAUAUCCCGAGAACUCAUGCCUGACCACCAGGAUGGAUGCGUUACUUGGAGACUUCCGAGCAUAGCUUUGUUCUUCGUUCUUGUGAAGGCUAUAUCAACAUAUUUGCUCGGAGUAAAUCAUUUUCUUAUGCACGCUGCAAACGGCGGACUGAUGCAGGUCCUGUGGAAUUGGAAAGACGUCCAGAAACACGAUGGAGACGAAUCUUAUUCCGAUGGCUCUUCGAGCCCUGUUGAUGCUGGUAAUUAGGUACUCUUUGAGCUUGGUUAACUUCCAAUGUUGUAGUUUUUGUGACGUUUUUGAAUGAUAUAUAUUGAAUAUUAGUGUCAUUUAGGUAUGUAGCCCUCUCUCAAAGGCAUUAAUAUAAUCACCAUUGUUGAUUUCAUAAAUAUAUGCAAAUUAUGAUUCUAAAUUAA